AUGGACUACCGCCGGCUGCUGAUGAGUCGCGUGGUCCCGGGGCAGUUCGACGACGCGGACUCCUCCGACAGUGAAAGUAUUGAUUUGAAGACCGUCAGAGAGCAAGGUGAUGUUCAGUUUGAAAACCUGCAGAAGAAUGUGUCUGAGAAGGCAGGUGGAGAUGAGAUGGAGGAGGAAGAAGAGGAGUAUGAUGAGGAGGAGGACGACGACUGGGACUGGGAUGAUGGAGUUGGAAAACUCACCAAGACUUAUAUCUUCAAUGCAAGGUGUAACCCCCAGGCAAAUCGACAGACUUCCAACUGCAAUUCAGCCAAAAUGUCUACUCCAGCAGACAAGGUCUUACGGAAAUUUGAGAAUAAAAUUAAUCUAGAUAAGCUAAAUGUUACCGAUUCUGUCAUAAAUAAAGUCACCGAAAAGUCUAGGCAAAAGGAAGCAGAUAUGUAUCGCAUCAAAGAUAAGGCAGACAGAGCAACGGUGGAACAGGUGUUGGAUCCUAGAACACGAAUGAUAUUAUUCAAGAUGUUAACUAGAGGAAUCAUAUCAGAAAUAAAUGGCUGCAUUAGCACAGGAAAAGAAGCUAAUGUGUACCAUGCUAGCACAGCAAAUGGAGAGAGCAGAGCAAUCAAAAUUUACAAAACUUCUAUUUUGGUGUUCAAAGAUCGGGAUAAGUAUGUAAGUGGGGAAUUCAGAUUUCGUCAUGGCUAUUGUAAAGGAAACCCCAGGAAAAUGGUGAAAACUUGGGCAGAAAAAGAAAUGAGGAACUUAAUCAGACUAAACACAGCACAGAUCCCAUGCCCAGAGCCUAUCCUGCUGAGAAGUCAUGUUCUUGUCAUGGGCUUCAUUGGUAAAGACGACAUGCCAGCGCCACUGUUGAAAAACGUCCAGUUAUCAGAAUCCAAGGCUCGGGAGUUGUAUCUGCAGGUCAUCCAGUACAUGAGAAGAAUGUAUCAGGAUGCCAGACUUGUCCAUGCAGAUCUCAGUGAAUUUAACAUGCUGUACCAUAGUGGAGAUGUGUACAUCAUUGACGUUUCUCAGUCCGUAGAGCAUGACCACCCACAUGCCUUGGAGUUCUUGAGAAAAGACUGUGCCAAUAUCAAUGAUUUCUUUUUGAAGCACAGUGUUGCUGUGAUGACUGUGCGGGAACUCUUUGAAUUUGUCACAGAUCCAUCCAUUACACAUGAGAACAUGGACGCCUACCUCUCAAAGGCCAUGGAAAUAGCAUCUCAGAGGACCAAGGAAGAAAGGUCCAGCCAAGAUCAUGUGGACGAGGAGGUGUUUAAGCGAGCAUAUAUUCCUAGAACCUUGAAUGAAGUAAAAAAUUAUGAACGGGAUAUAGAUAUAAUGAUGAAAUUGAAGGAAGAGGACAUGGCCAUGAAUGCCCAGCAAGACAAUAUUCUGUACCAAACCGUUACAGGAUUGAAGAAAGAUUUGUCAGGAGUUCAGAAGGUUCCUGCACUUCUAGAAAAUCAAGAUAAGGAAAAGACUUGUUCUGAUUCACAAGACGCUGGAAGCUCUGAGUGUUCUGACACAGACUCUGAAGAGCAGGGAGACCAGGCCUGCUCUAAGAAACCCACUGCUGACGUUGAAGUUGAUAAAAAGGAAAGAAAAAAGAUGGUCAAAGAAGCCCAGAGAGAGAAAAGAAAAAGCAAAAUUCCGAAGCAUGUGAAAAAAAGAAAGGAGAAGACAGCCAGGAUGAAAAAGGGCAAAUAGAACCAGAACUCAAGACGUAGAGUGAUAUGUCAGUCGCUUUCCAUGCAUGUGUGGUGAGCUGUGCCUGGAAGGGGUUCUCCUGGCAGUGUCAUGAAGGUGGAGUCAUGUGUCCUUGUGUAAAUAUGUAACAAGCUUUCUGCUCUCCUGUCUGGAUCCAGUCACUGCCUCUGGGUGGUAUUGACAGAGGAUUUAUUUAAGCUACUCUUUUAAUGAGAACUUUGUAUAAUUUUAUUUUUAUAUAUAUUUUUUCCUCCAAUAUGCUUUUGGAAGCACCAUAAAUAUUUAAAUGUGACCGACAUCCAUAGUCUUUAUAUAAAAAGGCACUUUGAAUUGGCAGAUGGUUUUUGCUUUGCUUGUACAAGCCAGAGACCCAUCUGAAAUCAUUUGAUCCUAGGGCCACGGUUUCUGCAGAAGGGAGUUUUGCUUCUAAGAGAAUUCAGUUGACUGUUGAUUCAUUGCGACUCUGUUCUGUGUGCAUCGCUGCUUAUUUGGGAUGCACUUAUUCUUCAUCAUUGUUACUCUUUUAGUUAAGAUAUCCCAGGUCAGAAGCUGUUUCACAUUCAGCAUUUGGCUUAUUCAUUCAUCGAAUAUUUGAGUGUUUUAGGUGCUAGGGAUACAGCAGUAAACAAAAUGAAAAAUUACUAUCUUCAGAUAGUUUACGUUUAGAAAGCAAAACAUUAAACAAAUAAAUAAAAAACAGUAUCUGUAGGUGGUAAAUUCUGUGGAGAGAAAUAAUGCAGAGGAGAGACUGCCUGGGGAAGUGGAAGUUUGCAAUUGUAAAAUAGGCCACACUGAGCAGCUAUAUUUGAGCAAAUACUUGAAUGUGAGUUAUUUGCAUAUCAGGAGUGAAGAGUAUUCCAGGCAAAGCAAACAGCAAGUGUGAAGGCUAGAGGCAGAAGUGUUCCUGACAUGUUCCAGAAACAAGAGGCUCCCAUCACUGAGAAAGAGAUCACACGGUGCUAGGCUGUUAGAGGGUUUUGAACAGAGGAAGGAUAUGAUCUGACUUGUGUUUUGGAAGGACCUCACUCACUCUGGCCUCUGUGGAGACCUGAGUAGGAGGCGAGGGCGGGAGACCAGAGAGGCAGUUUCUGUAGUAACCCACAUGAUAGAUGGUGAUGGCUUGGUCCAGGUAGCAGUGGACAUGGAGAGAGUGGUGGGAUUCUAGGUAUGACACAAAGGGGAGUGAACUGGAUGUGCUAGGGGAAUAUAUGAGGCAUACGACAAAGUGAAGGAUGACUUCAGGAUUUAUGACCCAAACAACUUGGGAAGGAAUGUGGCUGGAGUGGGAUUGGGGAUAAGCUUACAUUGCAACAAAGCACAAAGGUCAAAAGAAAUGACCAAUUUUAUUUUUUUUCCCCAUAUACUUCAUAUUAGAAAUCCCUAUUUUAACCCUUGCAUCAGAAACAAUUGCUAUAAACUUAAUUUCCCUUAAAAUGAAGCUUGCACCUGGUUGUUUGAGGAUUGGUGGGCUACUGGGUUGGUGGGGGGAGGGGGUAGUCAACUGAGCUUUUAAAAUACUAGGUCACAUUUAUUAUGUUCACAUACUAUUCUCUUCCUGACUUUAAAAAAGUUCAAAAUCGGGCAGCCAGGAUGGCUCAGCGGUUUAGCGCCUGCCUUCAGCCCAGGGUGUGAUCCUGGAGACCCGGGAUUGAGUCCCACAUCAGGCUCCCUGCAUGGAGCCUGCUUCUCCCUCUGCCUGUGUCUCUGUCUCUCUCUCUAUUUGUGUAUGUGUCUCAUGAAUGAAUAAAUAAAAUCUUUAAAAAAAAGUUCAAAAUCCAAAAUGCAGUUUCAAUGAAAUACAACAGUAGACCCUCUAAAAUAGUUUACAAUUAGCCAAAAAGAAAGCAGAAACAGACUUAACAAUCCUGUAUACGUUUAGAGGUUUUACGUUCAGGAUCUUCCCUUUCAUGUACUUGUUUGGUCUUAACUCUCAGACAAGGUGUAUUUGAAGGGCUUAAGCCCCUCUUUUUGGUGAAUGCAACUCAAUUACAAAGUUUGCAAUCAAGUUCUCUGGGGCAAAAAGCGGUGUCAGCAUGAUAUAGAGACCAUGCAUUCUCAUUUGCAUUGCUGCACGGAGGAAGUGGUUUGUAAGACACCAAAAUUUGGAACUGUUAAUAUUUGGGACUGUUGGGGGAUUCUAAUUUGAGGACCAUUUUUCUGAUAACUGUUUUGCUGAUAGGCCAUUUCCUCGUUUGGAUUCAGGGCAACAGGCCGUACCAACUAGUAACCAUUGCUAACUGGCUAAUUUGUCUGAAGCCAUAUUUCCCCAUCUUUGCCUUUCUCACCAGAAAGCUUGGACGAAGGAGCCUAUUCUUAGGCAAACUUAAAGUAGGGCUACUUGCUGACUUUGAUUGCUAUUGAAUUUUGACUACUCCACAGGUUCCAAGUGCCCAUGGAUUGAUUAUUGGUGGUUCAGUUACUUUCCAUUUGAAGAGGUGAGGUUUGGGUCUUGACUCAAAGGCUGGUGUAUAACUUUGUCAGUUAUAGAUGCAUCUGUUUUCCUGUCCUAUUUUGUUGAUAUUUAAUCCUAUCAGAUAAUGUUAAGUGUUCCUAAAAGUCUACUGGGAGAGAUGUGGAGAAUUUCUUCGAAGCACAAAAUCACAGCUACCUCCUGUGCUGCUUCCUUCAGUAAAGCAGUUUGGGAAUGGAACUUCCUUCCACUGGCCCAGGUGCUCCAGCAUUUGAGUAUGGCCUCAUCCUCACACGAAGAGGCAGGAACCGUGACAGCUGUUGGCCUUGGUCUGACCAAACAGGAACCCAGGGCUCUGGGCUGGCAUCAGGUUUUCUUCAGCUUUAUCUUUACUUGAUGAAGAUGGACUCAAGAGGUUGGAAGACUCUAGGGUUUGGUCCUAAGAGUUGUUUGAGACAGCCUCUCCUUUUCAUGAAUGUUAUCUUGAAUUCAGUGCAAGCUCUUUGCUGUUUCUUGGUAGUAGGCCUAUCCUGUUCCGUGGCUGUGAUUUCAUUAGUCUUUCAGCUCAGAAAAGGAAGAGUUGGGAAGAAAAAAUUCUAGAAGCUGGUAAAAAUUCAGUUGAAGGACAUCUCAGAUGUCAUGAAUUUCAGAUGAGGAAAUGCAAAAUCCUCUCAUUUUCAAAAGCUUGACAGGUUUUCUAAUUUUUAAUUGUCUAUACAUGUCGUAAGGAGAGACCACACCCAUCCAGAGCUCUACCUUGAUUUCUUGGGGAUUACUUUUUGAUAAGGAAAGAGUUGCACGGAUCAGCAACUCAAAAUAUAGUUUCCUGGGAAGAUGUUUUGUGACCACAUUAGAUAUGGACAGUGUUUCCAACCACAUAUGGGUGAUCAUGAAGCAAGAGUACUUUAUGUUGAAUUUGGAUUAAGUUACCAUACUCCCUAUGUUUUGGUUGCAGUUUUUAACUUCCAUAGCCUUUGGGUUUGUGUUGCCUUGAAUAUAAAGGCUUUUAUAAAUGUCCCAGGGGAAAUUGUAGUACCAGGUAUCGAGUCAUUUAAGCUAGUUUCCAAAGGACAAGAUGCCUUUCUUGCAUCUGUGUCCUCCAGUCUGUCCCAGUUAAUAGUGUUGUGGAAACUUCUGCACUUGAAUUUAGAGAACCAAGACUUGAAUUGGUGGAAUUCUUGACUUGUUUUUUAGCCUUCCUUCAUUUUGGGGGGUCAUUCCACAUCCUGCUUUGAUGUUGACAGGCUAUGAUUAUGAGGAGGUAGCUGUCCUACAGCUAGACUAACCACACAGCCAUAAAAUCUUUGUCCUCAUCCCUCCUCCACGCCAGUGGUAAGGGGGUCAUUUAAUGUGUGAACAGAGCUAUGCCUAGCUCUCUGAGAGGUUUCCAUGUCUUAUUAAUGCUACUCAGUGGUUUUGUUUAAAGGCUGAUCCAAAAAAUUAAAAAAUAAAAAAAAAUAAAGGCUGAUCCACUUCAUCAUCUUUGGGUGAAAUUUUAGCCUUUGCAAAUCUGUAUGUGAAUGUCAUGGGGUUCUAGAUUUGUCAGUGAAAAAGUGGUAGGUCCUUGGGGCCAAAGAAUUGUUGGAGUCAGGAUGCUAGAGUGCAGAAGUGAGAAAGAGAUCAGAGAAUGAAAUAUUUCAGGUCAUACUCGUGGAGGGUUGCCUUUGGCAAUAUCUAAGGUGCAGCCCUAGUUGUAAGUGGCUGCAGGACAACACCAGACAAAAGCAUUGAGGGCUGGAAGGUCAAUGAACUGAGGCCAGGCCUUGGCAGGGCCAUCUGUGUUAGGAUAGACCUAGUUUUAGAGUGUUGGUAAGAGCCCUGCUUAAAUCCUCAGGGAGGGAAGGAAAGUGGACCGGGGAGGAGAUGGCACAUUGAUGCUUGGCACUUGUGGGGAAGUGAGUGGUGUGUCUGAAUCCAAGUGGCCUCCAGAUGUGAGCCGCAGUGACAGGAACUACAUAGCACAAAGGGAUGGGGUAACAGGCAGAAAGAAAUCAGCCCAAUCCAAGUCAGAAGGUCUGUAAGGGUAAAGGGAAGAGCUAUUACAAAACACAAAAGAAGUCUAAGAGACAUGUGUCCCAGCACUGGGGACUUCAUUUGGAUCUCAAUUAGACCAAACCAGUUGUAAAAAAAAAAAAAAAAAAAAAAAAAAA